AUGGCUCCGUCGUCGGGCAACUUUGGCAGCACAGCGACCCUCGUGGCAUUGGCCAUGGGCGCGGCAAAGGUGAUUGCCAUGGGACGCAGUGCCGACAAGCUCAAGCGCGUGCUUGAGGGGGCCGGAGACCGCGUGGCAAUGGUGACAAUGUCGGGAGAUGUGGAAACCGAGACGAGGGCACUUCUGGAACAUGGCCCGGCAGAUGUGUAUUUCGACAUGUUCUCUCAAUCUGCGGUUUUGGUAGGCCUUUUCAAUACCAAGGAGAUUAUUUCUGCUGCAUGA